AUGAGGCUGCUCCUUGUGCUCGUCGCGGUGCUCCUAACAGGUUCCGUGGACUCUCUCUGGAACAACCGCCCUGCGUCAGUCGCGCAAGCUGUCACGUAUGUGGGGAAAGCAAAAACGGGAGGGGGGAGCGCGGAAGGGGAGUCUCCCGAGGGGAUCGGAAAGGGGGAAAGCGGGGAAGGGGACACGUUGAAGGUCAUGCGCAGCGUAGGCGCGAAUGAGGGGGAAGAUUCGCGCGGAAGCACAGCCGAGGAGGGGAGUACAGGCGGAAGCAGCGGAAAAGCGCAUGAGAUCCGGGAUGCGGGGGAACCAGGUGUAGUUCCCAAGGUGGCGUUCAGACUGGAGGUGGUGAAGGAUGGCACCGUGGCCGAGGAGAUGGACGUGUGA